GUGUGUCUACCUGCAUCUCACGCCUCCUUUGUCCUUUUUAGACCUCACUUACACACACCACUCUCAGUCAUCGUUCUGACAUAAUGUCCGCCGAAGCGUGCUGUACCUGCGCAACGCUCCUCGCUGACGCCAAAGUUCCCUACGACCCGGAUUCGGAGAAACCGAUCGUGUACAACCGGCGCCUGUCGUGUUGCUCUCGUGAAAUCUGCGCUCUGUGUCAGUACAAGAACCCACGGUUCCAAAACUAUUGUCCGUUUUGUCAGAUCUCUUCCGGUCCUUCGGUCCUACCGAAGGAAGGGUUACGUCUUCCUCCGUCCUACUCGAAGAAGACGACAACAUCCGCCUCUGUCGAGAAAGACUCGCCGCCACCACCAUCCUACGACGAAGCCAUCCUCUCCCGAGACUCUUCGAGCCGACGACCGGAAGACCUUCACGGCUCCGACACGAGCACGCUUCCUCCCUCGGACACCAGAGACACGAUCCACCACGUCGAUCUCGACAAUGACACCCUCGCUUCUCUGUCUUUGGCGUACAACGUCCCUGUCGCCGUGCUGAGACGACACAACAAUCUGUUCUCCGACUCGCUACUGGCGGCCCGCAAACACGUCCUGAUCCCGAGGAGUCACUACGACGGCCCUCCGCUCUCGACCCCGCCGGACCCGGAAGAGGAGGGACGCAAGACCAGACUCCGCAGGUGGAUGGUGGCGACAAAGUGCGCCGACUACGGCGUCGCCACGCUCUACCUCAAGGGCUCCGGGGGUGAUCUCGACACGGCGGUGCAGGCCUUCCGGGCCGACGAGGAGUGGGAACGGGAUCAUCCCCUACAACAACCGAACAAGGGCAAGACGAAGAGUCAACCUUCGGCCCGGAGACCACUGACGAGUCGAGUCACCAGGGUCGGCGGUGCGAGUACGUUGUCGGGCCAGUUGUCGUGAAGCCCAUGCUCAGGGCGCCAUCCACCCAAUACCUUACCCCGACACUCUCAACACCGCAGUCCACACAAGACCGCGUCAUGAGUUGUCAUACGUGUACACACACAUCUUCGCGAUGAUGGAAGAUUGACGCCGUCUUGGACAUCCUCUACUGUAUUACGCCCACAUAAUGUACACGACGACGACGACGACGAUGACGACGAUGACGACGUGAUGACCUCCCUCUACCGAAGGAAAUGAUGUAUUUAUUAUAUCCCCAUCGAAACCGUCGUUAUAUAUAUUCCUACGCAUUCCAACAAAAAUUGGUUGGUAUGCAGCAGCCAAGGUCGAGGGAACGUUUCAUGUCCCUUGAGCGAAGAACGCUUCAAGUACACUUCAAACCGACAUUGAGAACAAAUCCCAGACGGAUUGCAGCCUUGGCCCCUCGUGAGGACUCGAAUGUCAUUACUGACGCGAUAAGCACUGUAUGUGCAAGUGAGUCCGAGGGAUACAGAUUUAGAUAGAUCUAGAAGAUGUCAUUUCAUGCAUGCCAAGUCACCUUUUUGAAACUGCUAAGACCGAAACUUAUUGAGAAACGAGAAGCUCUUGCUCAUGCAAGC